AUGGAGGAGAAAUUAUAUUAUAGGUAUCUGGAUCAUCCUAUAACAACUGUAUUGUUGGUUUCAAGGGGCAAAACUGGGUGUCUCGUUUAUGCCUCCCUAGGUUCUAAUCGAAAAGAGUUGUUGAAGAUUAGCCAGUCUGAUUUCCGGAAGUUGUCCAGAAGCACCAAAGUGUCAUACGGUUUAUACUAUGAUGCUAACGACUCCAUGGUAAAUUUGGAACGGUCAUUUGCAUCUUAUUUAGACGGAUCAUUUACGGAAACUAUACCAUACGAAUACCUGUUUGGUACUAAGUUCCAACAUAAAGUUUGGGAUGAGCUUUUAAAAAUUAAGACGGGGGAGACUACUACAUACCGCCAAAUUGCAGAAGCAAUUGGAUCACCAAAGGCCUACAGAGCGGUUGGAACUGCAGUAGGUGCGAACAAGAUAGCUGUUAUUGUACCAUGCCAUCGAUGCAAACCAUGCGAUGGAUCAUUAGGUAACUUUAGAUGGGGUACUCAAUUAAAAAACCGACUAUUACAACAAUAA